UGUAAGCAGGAUUUAGUCCAACUGCCACUCCUGGCACAACUACCUGGGUACUUGAAAGACUUACUCGCUCGCACAGAUGCUAUAGGACACCAGUUCAAGGACAACCUGCGUCAAUACAACGCCACCUUUGCAUUCACCUCGCUAGAUUGUAACAUUGCUUCUUCUGAGGAACGAACCAGCAAUGAAAACAGCAGAGGUGGUCUGCACGCAUUUCAAAUUCAUGGUGAACCUUAUCACCUCCAAGGCCCCUUACUUCCCAGUGAUGAUAAUUCCAACCUUUCAUAUGCUCAGCUUUACAUAUACGACCCAUCAUAUGCAGCUGAAAGACGCUCAGAGAGAAAUAGCAAUCUUGAUCCUGAGAUCAUAAGAGAGCUUUCCUUCAUGCUCUCGCAGUGUAACCCAUUUGCCCAAAUUUACCGCCACGCAUAUGAGAUAUUGAAUGAGCGAGAGAGCAGCGAUGACUCAGCUAACAACAACAACGCCUCACCUGAUAUAGUUAUUUCUUCUAAUAUGAGAAUGCGAUUAAUCGAAGGAGGUGAUAGACGCACCCAAAAUUUGCCGACCAUGGAAGAGGCUGCCGCCAUCAUUCCCACUGAGUAUGGUGACAGAAGCUUUCAUGAUAUUGUUCUAACCUUGAGAAGC